AUGUCAAAUGUUGGUGGUGUUAGCCUCAUGGAUAUAGCGGCAUUCGCAAGGAUUCGGAAAGCAGCCAUUACAAGGUAUAUUUGGGAUUUAUUGACUGACAACAGUGAAAGAGUGUGGAUUGGAUGGUACAAAACUUACCUCAUUAAAGACAGGAAUAUUUGGGCUUUAGAGAUUCCACAAUCCUGGUCUUGGAGUUGGAGGAAACUCCUGCAUCUUAGACAUUCAGCUAGACACAUCAGCAAACACCAUAUUGGCAAUGGUACCUCUACUUGCUUUUGGAAUGAUAACUGGCUUCCUUUGGGUCCAUUGAGCCUUAGAUUCCAAUCACACCUCCUCUCUGAUGCAGGAUUUGAGCGCACAACCACAGUCAGCAGCUUCAUCACCAACAAUUCUUGGCAUUUCCCAACUUCUUUAUCAAGGGCAAUCCCUGAGCUGCUUGGUUUGCCUGCCCCAAUCAAGCACACCUUGGCUCAAUUAUCCCCAACCCUGCCAAGAGUGCCAUGGUUCAAUCUCGUUUGGCACUCCCCAGCUAUCCCUCAUAUGAGAUUCAAUCUCUGGUCAGCUGUGCAAGGUCGUCUCCCAACUUUGGACAAGAUAUCCAUGGCUCGGCAUCAGAAUGAAUGUCCCCUCUGCAAUGCCAGCCCAUAA